GGCAUCCGGAUUGUUCCAGCUCGGGUGGAAGCAUUUGAGGUACCUGGAAAUGCUUGGGAUGGCGGGUGAUGCGAUUCUGCAAAUGAUUCGGAAGUCAUACUCACGCUCAACAGCAGCUACAUGGCUAGGAUUUAUUUCUGAGGACAAGACAGGGGACGUCGGUGCACAGUGUAGCUUGUUCGACAAGAGAAGUAGACAAGAGGAUGAUCAUGAUACUACGACGCAUGAUGUCGAGGAUGAGCGGCGCGCUGCUGGACGCGCUUCACCAGAACGAGACACGGCGGACAAUUACUCACGUGGCAGAACUAAAUUUUACGAGCGAAACCAAACCGAAUCCCCACGUAGUUCCUCGUCCCAGCAAAGCCAAAGCUCCGCAGAUGAACAAAAGUCGAAGGCUUGGUACUGCAAAACCCCGGGCUGCAACCGCC